AUGGGGCCGUGCCGGUGGCCGCUGCUCUGGGGCUUGCACGCCGUGCUGGUGCUCGCGGCGGGGCAGCGCCCGCAGGAGAGAUCCCCGCGCCCGGCGGGAUGGUCCCCGGCCCCCUCAUCGUCGUGGGCGCCCACCGCGGAGCCGGGAGCGCCGGGGGACGGCGAGGGCUCGGCGGCAGCGCUGGCGUUCCUGCGCACGGGCGAUGCCGAGCGCCUGGCCCGGGCCAACUGCAGCGGGGGUGUCGCGGCGGGGGCCCCCGGGCCCGGGCCCCCCCCGGCGCUGCGGGCGGCCCUGCGAGCCGCCCCCGAGGCGCUGGCCCACGCCGCCAACUUCCUCAACAUGCUCUUCCAGACCAACGACAUCCGCGAGGCCAGCGUGGCCGAGGACGUGGAGUGGUACCAGGCGCUGGUCCGCAGCCUGGCCGAGGGGCACCCGUGGGUGCGCAGGGCGGUGCUGGCCCUCGACGCCCACCCGCUGGCCCCCAAGCCGCGGCUGAUGCUGCAGGCCACCAGGGGGGACGGGCAGAUCCUGCUGCAGGACGUGUCCAGCGCCGCUCCCAGCCUGGGCAACCUCAGCUGGGACAACGAGUGGUUCAACGCCCUCAAGUCGCAGCGGGUGCCGGCGCUCCGCAAGCGGGUGCUCAGCAAUGACCUGCGCAGCCUGGAGACGCCCAAGUGGCAGCGGGGGGACAGCUACGUGGGGGACCCGGGCCAUGUGCGCUGGUCCCCGCCGUUCCUGGAGUGCCGCGAGGGCCGCUUCCUGCCCACCUGGGCCGUCACGCUCUCCUCCGCCUUCUACGGGCUCAAGCCCGACCUCAGCCCCGAGUUCAAGGGGGUCGUGCGGGUGGACGUGGAGCUGCGGGACGUGGCCAUCGACCAGUGCUCCAGCGGGCCGGGCUGGUUCUCGGACACGCAUCGCUGUGACCCCAACAGCACCCAGUGUGUCCCCCAGGAGAGCCGCGGCUUCGUCCUCGGGAGGUACCUGUGCAGGUGCAAGCCGGGUUUCUAUGGGACUGAUGGAGUGGCCAGCAGUGCCUGGGCAGGUGUGGCAGGGACAGACGGGGGGUCCCGGCUGGGGUGCCGCCCGUGCCGCCCGGGCUGUGCCACCUGUGAGGACGACACCCCCUGCCUGAUCCAGGAGGACCAGGUGCUGCGGGCAGCGGUGCUGUCGUGCCAGGCCUGCUGCAUGCUGGCCAUCUUCCUCAGCAUGCUCGUGUCCUACCACUUCCGACGGAGCAAGAGGAUCCGGACAUCAGGAAUCAUCCUGCUGGAGACCAUCCUCUUCGGGUCCCUCCUCCUCUACUUCCCCGUGUUCAUCCUGUACUUCAAGCCCAGCAUCUUCCGCUGCAUCGUCCUGCGCUGGGUGCGGAUGCUCGGCUUCGCCAUCGUCUACGGCACCAUCACCCUCAAGCUCUACAGGGUGCUGAAGGUGUUCCUGUCGCGCACGGCCCAGCGCGCUCCCUACGUGUCGAGCGGGCGGGUGCUGCGCAUGCUGGCGCCCAUCCUGCUGCUGGUGCUGUGGUUCCUGGCGGCCUGGACCAUUGGCAUGCUGGAGAACGCCCGCAAGAACAUCCCGCUGGUCGUCCGCGCCCAGACCAGCCGCGGCCUGCGCUUCUCCCUCUGCGGCCACGACUGCUGGGAUUACAUGAUGGUCAUCGCCGAGAUGCUGUUCCUGCUGUGGGGCAGCUUCCUGUGCUACGCCACUCGUGCCGUGCCCUCGGCCUUCCACGAGCCCCGCUACAUGGGCAUCGCCCUCCACAACGAGCUCAUGGUCUCUGCCACCUUCCACGUGGUCAGGUUCCUGAUUGUCCCCUCACUGCACCCGGACUGGACUCUGCUGCUCUUCUUUGCUCACACCCACGGCACCAUCACCAUGACCCUGGCCCUGCUCUUCAUUCCCAAGUUCCUGCACACGGGCUCGCCGCUGCGGGAGGAGAUCACGGCCGAGGUGUACGAGGACGAGCUGGACAUGCGGCGCUCGGGCUCCUGCAUGAACAGCAGCAUCGCGUCCGCCUGGAGCGAGCACAGUCUCGACCCCGAUGACAUUCGGGAGGAGCUGAAGAAGCUUUACCGGCAGCUAGAGGUGCACAAGACGUGGCGGAUGGCGACCAACAACCCGCACCUGGCCAAGAAGCGCAGCUCCCGCCGCAGCCUCGCCCGCUCCAUCCUGCGCCGCAGCGGCGCCGAGCUGGCCGAGAGCGCGUCCCGCCGCAGCAGCGCCGGGACCGGGGACCGGGCGGGGACCCCGUCCCGCCGCAGCUCCUCGGCCAAGCGGCUCGUGGAUGCAGCCGGGACGGGCCCGAGGAUGCGGGACGAGAGCUCCCGGCGCCGCUCCUCGGCCCUGCGCAAGUCCCGCAGCUCCGAGGGGCCCCCGCGGGAGCCCCGCCGAGGGUCGCGCAGCCCCAGCCCGCCCGAGGAGCCUCCGCCGGCGGCCGCGGCGGACCCGGAGCAGUCCGACAGCGACUCGCUGGACGCCGCCCCGCUCCUGUGCAAAUCGGCCAGCGCCCAGAACCUGGCGGGGCACUGGCAGCGACCCCCGGGCCGCGCCCCGCCGCUGCAGAAGUCGCACAGCGUUGUCAGCGGGGCGCGGGAAGCGGCGCUGCUGGCCGCCCGCAGGGCCAGCCGCGAGCAGUGGCACGGCGGCCGCCACCUCUCCGCGCCGGCCCCCGCGGUCAGCAGCGGCACCGCGACACCUCCGAGCCCCGCCGAGAGGGGCCCGCAGGAGGACGCGGCCCCGCCGGGCGACGCCAAGGGACACAAGCAUGUCACCUACGCGCCCAUCAAGAGCGUCAGCGUUGACAGCGCCCACCCGGCCAGGAAGGUGCGGGUGACCGUGAAGAAAACGCCUCCUGCGCCCCCCGUCCGCUACCAGAGCCUGCAGCGCUCGGGGACGCUCGGGGACGGCCCGGAGCCACCGCCGGGCCCCCCGGCACGGGCGGGAGAGGCGCAGGGGACAGCAGGGCCCGACCCGGAGCGCGCGUCCCCCCCGGCAGGGACGGGCAGGCCGCUGGCCCCGAGCGCCAGCGCGGCACACGUCUGUCCCUGGGAGCUGGUGCAGGACGAGAUCCUGGGCAGGAAACAAAAAGCGGCCGAGGCGGCCGAGUCGGGGACCCCCGGUGACGCAGCGGCCGCCACCCCCGGCCCCAAGCCGCCCCCCACGAAGAGUUUCCGGAGCCUGGGACUCGCCAUCAAAGCCCUCAACCGCUCCAGGGGGAAGAGCGUCCCGAAAGGGAAAAGCGAGGGGAGCCUCAGGAAGAGGGGGAGCAGCAGGAGGGAGAAGUGCGGCCUGGCAGAGGCCUCGGCCGUGUCCCUCGGGGGGGGCAGCCCCGAGGGGAGCGGGCAGAGCCUCGAGGUCCCCGCCCUCCAGCACAACAACAACGCCGCCACCGCCGGGGAAGCCGCGGGCUGGGGCGACAGCGGGACAGGAGGACAAGGGGACAGCCCGGCCGCGGCAACAGGCGGUGGGGACAAAGCGGCCGAGGAGCCCCGCGCUGCCCGAGCGAACGCGGGUACCGCUCUGGAGCCACCCAGCGCGGGCCACCAAGGGGCUGAAUGUCCCCCGGAGGUGGCACGGGUACAGCCCCGGAAAGGGGACCAGGCUCCGGCAGCGGAUCUGCGGGAGGACGUUCCUGGGGUCGCAGCGGAGGAAGGGACCCUUGAGGAGCUCGAGGGGACCAGCGGGUCCUGCCAGCCCCGGGAGGAGCAGCCCCGGGAGGAGCCGCCGCCUGCGAAGCCCAGCCCGAGCAGCGUGCGGGGGCCGAGGCCGCCCGGCUGGCCCGGAACGCCGGCAGGAAGGGGAGCCUUGCUGCGCCAGGCCGCGAUCGCCCCCCGGGAGGAUGGAGGGACCCCAGAGAGCCCGGAGAAGGCGCUGGAAGAGGGGAGCGGCCAGGCCGAGCCCGAGCGGGGCCCCGGAAGGAGCGGGAGCGGGGCCGGGAGCGCGCAGGGCGAGCUCGGCGCUGGGGGAACGCGCGGAGAUCCCAGCUCCAAAGCCGGAAUCUGCCCCGGGAAGGGCGGCAGCGAGGGGGAUUCUCAGCGCUCUCCGGGCAUGGAAAAACCAGCAGGGCCGCUGAAAGUGGCCUCGGAGCAAGCCGAGGGCAGGAGGGCUGAGGUGUGCCCGUGGGAGAGCCGGGAACAGGGAAGGAGUGUCCGAGCCGAAAUCUGCCCCUGGGACACAGAGGGGGCUCUGCCGGAGCAGGGAUCCCCCCGAUCUGGAGAAGGUGUGGAGCAGCCUGGGAUGGGGCUCGCGGGGAAACCCCCAGCUCUGCCCAAACCCUCAUCCCAGCGGACUGGAACCACGGAGAGCAAAAAGGCAAACAUCUGUCCCUGGGAGGUGGAGGAUGAGCCGCGCCCAAAGCCAGAGAUCUGCCCCUGGGAAGAGGCUGCGGCUCCCUCGGGGAAGGAGAGGUUGAGGCAGGACACGCGUGGCACCCCCAAAGGGGAAGAAAAAGUGGGAUCCAGAGCACCAGAAAAAGGAAAGCAGCCCCCAGCCAAACCCCUGCCCAAAUCUCCUUCAGGGAGAUCCCAGAGCUUGGAGAAGGCAGAGAUCUGUCCCUGGGAGUCUCAGGGCUCUAAAUCCAGUGACAAAGCUGAAAUCUGUCCCUGGGAGGUGGCUGAACCUCAGCUGGAGAAGGGGAGCCAAGACCGAGUGUCCAUCUGUCCAUGGGAGAGCCUGGACACGGAGCAGCCCCCAGCCAAACCCCACACCGGGAGCUCAGCACUGCCCAGAGCAGCUCCAGGGAAAUCCCAGAGCUCAGAGAAGGCAGAGAUCUGUCCCUGGGAGUCUCAGGACGUUGAAUCCAGCAGCAAAGCCAAAAUCUCUCCCUGGGAGGUGGCUGAACAACCCUUGGGUAAAGAGAAACCCAGACAGGACAAAGAGGAUCCACCCAGGGUGAGAAAAAGCCCUUCCACAAGUCAAGGAUUCCUGAAGGAAGUGGGAAAGAAGGACCGAGAGUCCAUCUGUCCUUGGGAGAGCCUGGACACGGAGCAGCUCCCAGCCAAACCCCAGACUGGGAGCUCAACACUGCCCAAAGCAGCUCCAGGGAAAUCCCAGAGCUCAGAGACUGGCAAAGCUGAAAUCUGUCCCUGGGAGGUGGCUGCACCUCAGAUGGAAAAAGGAACUGGCCCAGGUAAGGAGAAACUCCCAAGAAAAGAGGAAAGCAAAGCUCUGGAGAAGGGGAGCAGAGAGAGGGAAUCGAUCUGUCCUUGGGAGAGCCCGGACAUGGAGCAGCCUCUGGCCAAACCCCAGACUGGGGGCUCAGCACUGCCCAGAGCAGCUCCGGGGAAAUCCCAGAGCUCAGAGAAGGCAGAGAUCUGUCCCUGGGAGUCUCAGGACUCUAAAUGCAGUGACAAAGCUGAAAUCUGUCCCUGGGAGGUUGAAUCCAGCGGCAGAGCCGGGAUCUGUCCCUGGGAAGUGGCCGAGCCUCCCUGCCAGCAGCCAAAGGCACAGCCGGUCCCUGCUGGGGGCCCCAAGCGCAUCAGGCGCCAGGCGGCGCUGGGCAGCCCCGAGAGGCCCCGCGACAGCAGAGACAGAGCGUCCGUCUGUCCUGGGGAGAGCCUGGACACACCACAGCCUCUGGCCAAACCCCAAAGUGGGAGCUCAGCACUGCCCAGAGCCCCUGCAGGGAAAUCCCCGAGCUCAGAGAAGGCAGAGAUCUGCCCUUGGGAGUCUCAGGGCUCUAAAUGCAGUGACAAAGCUGAAAUCUGUCCCUGGGAGGCGGCUGAACCUCAGCUGGAGAAGGGAACAGCCCCAGGUAAGGAGAAACUCCCACCAAGAGAAGCCUCCAAAGCCGUGGAGAAGGGAAGAGAGUCCAUCUGUCCUUGGGAAAGCCAAGAUUUGGAGCAGCUCCAGGCCAAACCCCAAACUGGGAGCUCAGCACUGCCCAAAGCCCCUUCAGGGAAAUCCCAGAGCUCAGAGAAGGCAGAGAUCUGUCCCUGGGAGACUGAAUCCAGCAGCAAAGCUGAAAUCUGUCCCUGGGAGUCUCAGGGCUCUAAAUGCAGUGACAAAGCUGAAAUCUGUCCCUGGGAGGCGGCUGAACCUCAGCUGGAGAAGGGAACAGCCCCAGGUAAGGAGAAACUCCCACCAAGAGAAGCCUCCAAAGCCGUGGAGAAGGGGAGCAGAGCCCGAGAGUCCGUCUGUCCAUGGGAGAGCCUGGACACAGAGGAGCUGUCCCUGAAAUCUGCAGUGGGGAAGGAGCCAUCCAAGAAACCCAGCAGCACGGAGAGCAGGAAAUCUGCAAUUUGCCCCUGGGAAGCAGCAGAGCCCAUUGGGUUGGAGGAGGAGAUGUCCCAGGCAGGUGUGCAGCCACAGGGAGCGCAGAGAGGUUCCCCUGCAGGGAUGGGACAGCCGGGAGCCAGCGCUGUGUCUCCAACACUUGUGGAAAAAUGCAGGGGCAGAUCCCAGGGGGAAGCCGAGCACAAGCCCCUGUGCCGGCUCCUGCCCAGCAUGCAGCACCCAGGGCUGGGCAGCAGCUCCAGCCCCGGCGCCGGCCUGGCUGAGGUUUGUCCUUGGGAAGCUGGAGAGGCUCCAGCAGCACCUGCCAGGCCCAGGCUGGGCAUGAGGAAAAGCUCUGAGGUGCGGGAGGAGGAGAGCACGGAGCCCUCCCAGACCCGCCCCGGGCAGGGCAGAGCCCGGGAUGGGGAGUGAGGGGAGCCCAGCACCAGGGGCUCAUCCAUCCAUGGAUCCAUCCACCCAUCCAUCCAUCCUUCCAUGGAUCCAUCCAUCCAUCCAUGGAUCCAUCCCUCCACUCAUCCAUCCAUCCAUCCAUGGAUCCAUCCAUCCAUCCAUCCAUCCCUUUGUCCUUUCCAUCCCUCCAUGGAUCCAUGGAUCCAUCCAUCCCUUUGUCCUUUCCAUCCCUCCAUGGAUCCACCCCUCGAUCCAUCCUGAUCCCCCCUGCCCAGCCCCAGAGCUGGGCUGGGGGGUGUGGGGCUGAAGCUCCUGGUUGUGCAAUUUUGUGUAAAUGCAGGAAAUAAACGGAAUUAAUUAUC